GGUAAUUUCUCACCGAAACAGUCGUUUUCGCUGCUCUCGCUGUGACAGUUUUCAGAAGGGGACAGAAAGUGUUCGCAAUAUCGCGGCACUUUCCUCUGAGGAGGAGCCGGUUAGCGGUAUCUGAGCCAAGUGGCGUUCCUACUUCAUCCUCCCUGCCAUGGCCUCCAAACCCCACCCUCCCCUUGUUAAGAAGCACAGUCAGACUGACCUAGUGAGCCGCCUCAAGACUCGCAAAGUGCUGGGUGUUGGAGGAGAGGAUGAUGACGGAGAAGUGCACAGAUCAAAGAUCAGCCAGAUGUUGGGCAAUGAAAUUAAGUUUUCUGUCCGUGAGCCGAUAGGCCUCAGACUCUGGAUCCUCAUCUCUGCUGUCCUGUUCACAGCCACGGCUUUAAUGGCCCUGGCCUUCCCUAACCAACUGUACGAGAUCAUCUUUGAGCUCACCACGACCAGGAUCUCCAUCCGACUCUAUGGAGGAGCCCUUUUGAGCAUCUCAUUAAUCCUCUGGAAUGGCCUCUACACUGCAGAGAAGGUCAUCAUUCAGUGGACGCUGCUCACUGAAGCAUGCUACUUUGGUGUACAGUUUCUAGUGACAUCAGUCUCACUCCUGGAAAUGGGUGUCCUGUCCAACGGAGCUGCACUCCUCCUCCUCAGUGAGGUUUUCUUCCUCCUCGUCACUCUUUCUUACUACCACCACCUUGGGCGUCGGGCCAAGAAGAUCUGAAGCGCGCCGGCUAAUCUGUGUGUGGGCUUGUGGGCCUCUGAAGCUAAGAGAUGAUUCAUUUGUAGAAACGACUCAACACAACAAAAUUCAUUGUAUACAGUAGCUCUUCUGUCUGGACCAAAUGAAAAGCUGUGUAGUUUGGAUUCUGUACAGCCCUUGCCUGCUUGGACUCUUUCAGUUUCGUGAUGAGCGUAAUGUAAAGGAUUAUGCUAAUUUACAGAUAUGAAAUGGGGUUUUGGGGAGAUUUCUGAUCUUGAAUCAUUCUAAUGUGUUCCACUUUGAUGUUCUUUGGUCACGUGUGCACUGGCAAGUACCUGAGUUUUAGAGAACUGUUUGAGAAUGCAUAGUAUGCUUCACUAAAAGUAGAUAGCUGAAGAUGACUAUUUAAAUAAUGAUGUGGUCCUAUCUGAUGUGUAUUCUUCCAAAUGUCUGUUACUAUGUUUGGAUCAUAUCUGUUCUUAAGGUCAAAUGACGUACAGUUAGUUUUAAAGCAAAUUGGGGGAUUAUUAUCAUUUGUACAACUUUUUGCACUUUGAGAAUAAGAAUCUUAGUACAGUGAUCAGGCAAUAUAUUAUAACCAUCUCCUUGUUUCUACGCUCAUUGUCCAUUUUAUCAGCUCCACUUACUACAUAGGUGCACUUUGUAGUUCUACAGUUACAGACUGUAGUCCAUCUGUUUCUCUGAUACU